GUGAGUUUCAGUUUUUUUUCUUCGUUGCUUCUUUAUUUGGAAUUGCACUUCCGGUUUUGGGUGGCUACUAUUUAAUCGUAGUUGAUUUUGAUUCUCUGAAAACACAUUCAACUACCACUCAUUCUUUCUUUUUAGUUGAUUUUAAUUUCCUGAAAACACAUUCAACUACCACUCAUUCUUUCUUUUUAG